AUGGCGAUCAGGUGCUCUGGUUGUACUCAAGAGGUCAACCUCCACCGUCCGAUCAUUCUUGACGGCGUCACGACUUCUUCCACAACCACGGCAUUUCAGAUUUCACCUUUGAUAGCGGUAGACUGCCUCCGGUUUUAUCUGUCUCUUGUUUGGGCACCCAAGUUCCGUGUUCCUUUUUGUGUUCCUGCAUCACAUAGGACACAGCUGCGGCUCACUAACAUAAGAUUUACAAAAGUAUGUCCCAAAUGGGGCAGAGUUGCUGAUUUGUGUACCAGAGCUGGUGUCAUUGGAUUAUCAUUAGCUUCCACCAGAAAAUGCAGGUCUGUUAAAUGCAUUGAGAUUGACAAAGAGGCAAAGCUAUCUUUUGAGAAGACAGUUGGCCGCUUACCAAAGUCUAUAGAUGGUACCAUCAGAUGGCAUCAUGCAGACACUUCAAUUCCUAUAAUAAGAGUUUCAUUCAUUGAACUGGAACAGAGACCUCUUUCUUGGCUAGUGGGAUCAGGUGUAGUUGUUGUUGAGCCUCCUAGAAAGGGGCUGGAUCCAUCUCUGGUUGAUGCACUACGGACUAUAUCAUUAGCUGAGAAAGGAGCUAUAUCAACUGAAAGGUCUUUUUCAAAGGUCAAGAACGAAAACGAACCAUGGAUUUUACGUGCAAAGGAAGCCUCAGUUCAGAUUGAAAGCAAAACAUCUCCAGAAGAGGGUCGUCACUGCCUAAAACUCUUAUCUAUAUUAGUUGUGGAUGGGAAAGCUUCAAAGAGGAUUGUAAGUCAUUGUUGUCCUGUAAGGAAUGGCAUUUGGAUAAAGCCCAUGGUUUUAAUUUCUUUCCUGGAACCCAGAGGAACCUCUUCUUCAGCACUUUAACAAGGUGUGCUCUUGGCACAAUUCCAUGCAGUGCAGUUCAGUUGCCCCUAUGGCCAGACCGACAGAUGGUUCCACCCCUUCAUCUACAACUGGGAACCAUUGUACGUGGUGUUUCUCAGGACAUCUACAAUGCGGGCUACCUUUUCCACUCCACUAAGGGGUAACUACUUGUGGCUUGGCAUAAUGCAUGCUCCCCAACAGAUAAAUUUCUCAUCCAUGGCUCAGGAUUCACAUCCAAGAAAGGCAGGCCUUUGAGAUGCAGUAUUAUCUCAUAAAUGCUUGGGUUGAUGCAAUCACCAACACUUUUGGCUAUUAGGAGCACAAUCAUUGUUAUGGGUAGUAAGAGGAGGUUGUUUGUGAGUUCAAGGCAUAUGACACAGAUGGAAACAGUCAUCCUCAUUGAACCAGCCAUCAGGAAGGCUGCUCCAAGAACAGCAUAAAGCCCUUGGUCAAUUUUUGUAUAGACGCCGAUGGCAAUACCAAGAAUGCAUGGGGGGCAUUCUUUCACCAAACUCCAGAGGAAUUGGGGCCAGAAAAGAAAUUGCCCUACAAACAUAAACCCCUGUAUCUUUAGCUAAGCUUUGAUACCACUUGUCAUGCAAGCUUUAAUCCCAAACAAGGUUUGAAAUUUUGCCGAUAUUUCAACAAAAUAUCGAAUAUUAACGACAGUCAAAGCAAAAAAUGGCAUGGAAAUGAGAAAUUUUGAAUCGCCAAUUUAUGGGCUUGGACCGAAAUAA